AUUGAGGUUCGCAAAAAUGAGCACUCACUGUCCAGCUUCGAAAACUUGACUUUUCUGAUACCCACCAAUCGGCAAGAGGGUGAGCCACUUCUGAAGGUUUUAGUAUUCUUUGAUAACAUCGAGGAAUCCAUCAAAGCAAGGGACGUGCUGCGAGUGAAGUUACUCCCCCGUGAAUGUGAGAAAAUCAAGUGGUUUAACUCACGCAUGUUAGAGCAGUUCCGAGAUGAUACACUGCAUGAGUUUGUGGCAAAUGAGCUCUAUGGGAUGUAUGCAACAGACUCGUUCAGUAUGGUA